AUGGCCACCAACGACCUGAUGAUGGAACUGCAGAAAGACUCGAUAAAGCUGGAUGAAGACAGCGAGAAGAAAGUUGUGAAAAUGCUUUUGAAGUUGCUGGAGGACAAGAACGGGGAAGUGCAGAACCUUGCUGUCAAGUGUCUGGGUCCACUGGUUGGCAAAGUGAAGGAGUACCAGGUGGAAACCAUCGUGGAUACGCUGUGCACGAACAUGCUGUCAGACAAGGAGCAGCUGCGGGACAUCUCCAGCAUUGGACUGAAGACUGUCAUCUCCGAGCUGCCACCAGCUUCUACAGGCUCCACCAUGACAGCAAACGUGUGCAAAAAGAUCACAGCCCAGCUAACAGGAGCCAUUGGCAAGCAGGAGGAUGUGUCUGUGCAGCUGGAGGCUCUGGACAUCCUGUCAGACAUGCUGAGCAGACUGGGGGGAACACUCUACUCCUUCCAUUCCUCCAUCCUGAGCUGCCUCCUUCCCCAGCUGACAAGCCCCAGGCUGGCAGUACGUAAAAGGGCCAUCAUUGCCCUGGGUCAUCUUGUCCUGACCUGCAGCGGAAGCAUCUUCUCAGAACUCACAGAGCAUCUGCUUGCUGAGCUGAAGAGGAAUGAGUCUACUUCCACUACCAGGACGUACAUUCAGUGUGUCGCUGGCAUCAGUAGGCAGGCUGGACACCGCAUAGGAGAACAUCUGGAGAGGAUAAUUCCUCUGAUCGUUCAGUACUGUAACGUGGAAGAUGAUGAGCUGCGAGAGUACUGCUUCCAGGCCUUCGAGUCUUUCGUGAGAAGGUGCCCAAAGGAAAUUGACCCUCACAUCCCUAAUGUGAUGGGGUUGUGUUUGAAGUACAUCACCUUUGACCCAAACUACAACUAUGAUAAUGAGGAAGACGAAGAGAUGAUGGAAAUGGAAAAUGGGGAGGAUGAAGAGCAAGAAAGUGAUGAUGAAUACAGCGAUGAUGAUGACAUCAGCUGGAAGGUCCGCAGGUCCGCAGCAAAGUGCCUGGAGGCCAUUGUCAGCAGCCGGCACGAUCUCCUUCAGGACUUCUACAAACCUCUUUCCCCGGUCUUGAUAAGCAGAUUCAAAGAGAGGGAGGAGAACGUCAAAGCUGACAUCUUCAGCGCCUACAUCUCCUUGCUGAAGCAAACGCUGCCCACCCAGAGCUGGCUGCAUGCUUCAGAUGCCUCUGGAAAAGACGACGUGCCCCUGACGAUGCUUCGCAACCAGGUCCCAAACAUCGUCAAGGCCUUGCACAAGCAGCUCAAAGAGAAGAGCAUCAAAUCACGACAGGGCUGUUUCAGCCUCCUGACAGAGCUGGCCACUGUUCUUCCUGGCUGCCUGGCAGAUCACAUCCCUGUGCUUGUCCCUGGUCUGGUCUUCUCCUUGGCCGAUAAGUCCAGCUCCUCCAACAUGAGGAUUGAUGCGCUGUCAUUCCUUCACAUUCUUCUCUGCAACCACCAGCCGGAGGUAUUUCAUCCUCAUAUCAAAACCCUGCUGCCUCCUGUUGUGGCCUGCAUUGGAGACCCCUUCUAUAAGAUCACUUCAGAAGCUCUGCUCGUUACUCAGCAGCUUGUGAAAGUUAUCAGGCCCUUGGACAAGUCUUGCACUUUCAAUGCCAAGCCCUACGUGAAGGACAUUUUCCCUGGCACUCUGCAGCGGCUGAAGGCAGCCGACAUCGACCAGGAGGUGAAGGAGCGUGCAAUCUCCUGCAUGGGACAGAUCAUUUACCACCUGGGAGACCAUUUGAGCACUGAUCUCCAGCCAACCUUGAAGAUAUUUCUGGAGAGGCUCAAAAACGAAAUCACCAGAUUGACAACAGUCAAAGCAUUAACCUCAAUUGCUAGUUCUCCACUCAAAAUAGAUUUGAGACCCAUUCUAGGGGAAGGUUUCCCCAUUCUAGCUUCCUUCUUGAGGAAGAAUCAGCGUGCCUUGAAACUGAGCACCCUGACUGCUCUGGACAUGCUGGUGAAGAACUACAGUGACAGCCUCCAGCCUGCCAUGAUAGAGUCCAUCCUAGCGGAGCUCCCUGCCUUAAUCACUGAGAAUGACAUGCACGUGUCCCAGGUGGCUGUCACGUUCCUCACCACCUUAGCCAAGGUUUAUCCGUCCUGCAUCUCCAAAAUCAGCGGUUCGGUUCUUGCUGAGAUCUUGCAGCUGGUCCACUCGCCCUUGCUCCAAGGAGGAGCACUGAGCGCCAUCAUUGACUUCUUCCAGGCUCUGGUCCUGACGAAGGCGGCCACCAUGGGCUACUUGGAGCUGAUGAAGCGGCUGACGGUGCCCGUUGACUCCUCGGGCUCAGCCGGGGCGUCGGUGGCGUUACACAGGCAGGCGUACUCCUCCAUCGCAAAGUGCGUGGCGGCCCUUUCCUCAGCCUGCCCAAAGGAAGCUCCGGCCACAGUGAACCAGUUCAUCCAGGAUGCCAAAAACCCCAAGUCCAGCUCUGCUGUGAAAGUGCUGGCUUUCCUGUCCCUGGCAGAGAUGGGGCGCACCAUGAACCUCAGCGCUCAGAGAGAGCUCAAAACUGUCCUCCUGGAAGCGUUCACUUCCCCCAGUGAAGAGGUGAAAUCUGCCGCUUCCUACGCACUGGGGAACAUCAGCGCUGGGAACCUGAAGGAAUAUCUUCCCUUCAUGCUGAAGGAGAUCGGGAGCCAGCCUAAGAGACAGUACCUCCUGCUGCACUCUCUGAAGGAAGUCAUCAGCUCCUCCCCGGCCGAUGGCCUCAAACCUUAUGUGGAGGAUAUUUGGACUCUCCUUUUUAAGCACUGCGAGUGUACGGAGGAAGGGACGCGCAAUGUGGUGGCUGAAUGCCUGGGGAAGCUGACUUUGGUGAAUCCCUCCGAGCUGCUGCCCCGGCUGAAAAAACAGCUCUCGUCAGGCUCUCCCCAUGCCCGGAGCACGGUGGUGACUGCAGUCAAAUUCACGAUUACAGACCAGCCACAGCCGGUGGAUGCUUUCCUGAAGGGCUGCAUAGGUGACUUCUUAAACACUCUUCAGGACCCAGACCUGAACGUUCGACGUGUGGCAUUGGCCAUGCUUAAUUCUGCUGCUCACAACAAACCUUCCUUGAUCCGAGAUUUACUGAGUGCCGUCCUGCCCAGCCUGUACAACGAGACGAAGGUCAGGAGGGAGCUCAUCCGGGAGGUAGAAAUGGGGCCGUUCAAGCACACAGUGGAUGACGGCCUUGACGUGAGGAAAGCUGCUUUUGAGUGCAUGUAUACGCUGCUGGAAAGCUGCCUCGACCGCCUGGAUAUCUAUGAGUACCUGAACCACGUGGAGGAUGGACUGAAGGAUCACUACGACAUUCGGAUGCUGACGUUCAUCGUGCUGGCCCGGCUGUCCACGCUGUGCCCCAGCGCCGUGCUGCAGCGGCUGGAGCGGCUGAUCGAGCCCCUCCGGGCCACCUGCUCCACGAAGGUGAAAGCUGGGUCUGUGAAACAGGAGUUUGAGAAGCAGGACGAGCUGAAGCGAUCCGCCAUGAGAGCAGUUGCUGCUCUCCUGACCAUCCCUGAAGUGGAGAAGAGUCCAGAGAUGGCCGAGUUCUUAUCUCAGAUCAGAUCCAACCCUGAAAUGGCCUCGCUCUUUGAGAGCAUUCAGAAAGAUUCCGCCUCCCUCCCCACCUCCGAGUUGAUGGACAUGAGCUGA